UUGCAGUUCAGUAAAGUUCCAUUGUGCAAAGCGAUUACUUCGAGACUGUUCUUAAGUAAAUCUAGUGGAAUUAAUUACUUUUAUUGACAAUUCGCAUUUCUAAAGGCAUACAAGAUGUUCCGACUUCCUACAAUUUUGAGAGCAACGACUGCUCGUCAACUCGCUUUCCGUAAAUAUGCUAAAGAUGUCAAGUUUGGAGCUGAUGUCAGGGCAUUGAUGCUUCAAGGUGUUGAUAUUCUGGCUGAUGCUGUUGCCGUCACUAUGGGUCCAAAAGGUCGAAAUGUCAUUCUAGAACAAUCUUGGGGAUCACCAAAAAUCACUAAGGAUGGUGUCACUGUCGCUAAAGGAAUCGAAUUAAAAGACAAAUUCCAAAACAUUGGUGCCAAAUUAGUUCAGGAUGUCGCCAAUAACACAAAUGAAGAAGCUGGAGAUGGUACAACAACUGCCACCGUUCUUGCCCGAGCAAUUGCCAAGGAAGGCUUCGAGAAGAUUUCAAAAGGAGCUAAUCCAGUUGAAAUUCGUCGUGGUGUAAUGAUGGCUGUUGAAACAGUAAAAGAGACACUUAAGACACUCUCUAGACCAGUCACAACACCCGAAGAAAUCGCACAAGUCGCUACAAUCUCAGCUAAUGGUGAUCGUGCAAUCGGUGAUCUUAUCAGUGAUGCAAUGAAGAAAGUCGGAAAGGAUGGAGUUAUUACUGUUAAGGAUGGAAAGACUUUAGUUGAUGAACUUGAAAUUAUUGAAGGCAUGAAAUUUGAUCGUGGAUAUAUUUCACCUUACUUUAUCAAUUCAUCAAAGGGCGCCAAGGUUGAAUUUCAAGAUGCUUUGUUGCUUCUAUCAGAGAAAAAGAUUUCAACUGUCCAAAGUAUCAUUCCAGCCUUGGAACUUGCUAAUCAACAACGCAAACCACUUAUUAUUAUCGCUGAAGAUUUAGACGGUGAGGCUCUUUCAACAUUAGUUGUCAACAGAUUGAAAAUUGGUCUUCAAGUUGCUGCUGUUAAAGCACCAGGAUUCGGUGAUAAUAGAAAAUCAACAUUAUCUGAUAUGGCUAUUGCUACUGGCGCCAUUGUUUUCGGAGAUGAUGCUAAUUUAGUUAAAAUUGAAGAUGUUCAACUCUCUGAUUUCGGUCAAGCCGGUGAAGUUGUUAUCACAAAAGACGACACUUUGUUAUUGAAAGGAAAGGGAAAUAAGUCUGAUAUCGAUGCACGUGCACAACAAAUUAGAGAUCAAAUUACUGAUACAACAUCAGAAUAUGAAAAAGAGAAGCUUCAAGAACGAUUGGCUAGAUUAGCAUCAGGUGUUGCUGUCCUUAAAGUCGGUGGAUCAAGUGAAGUCGAAGUAAAUGAGAAGAAAGAUCGUGUAAAUGAUGCACUUUGCGCAACAAGAGCUGCUGUUGAAGAAGGAAUCGUUGCUGGUGGUGGAACUGCACUUUUAAGAUGUAUCCCAGCAUUAAACAAUCUCAAAGGCAAAAAUAAUGAUCAAACAAUUGGAAUUGAGAUUGUCAAGAAGGCUCUUCGUAUGCCAUGCUUUACAAUUGCCAAAAAUACCGGAGUUGAUGGAUCUGUUGUAGUAUCAAAGGUUGAGGAUAAUUCUGGAGAUUUCGGAUAUGAUGCACUCAAUGACGAAUAUGUCAAUAUGUUCGAAAAGGGUAUCAUCGAUCCAACAAAGGUCGUGAGAACAGCUUUGACUGAUGCCGCUGGUGUUGCAUCAUUAUUAACAACUGCUGAAUGUGUUGUGUGUGAGAUUCCAAAAGAAGAACCAGCAGGUGGUGGAAUGGGAGGCAUGGGUGGAAUGGGAGGUAUGAUGUAAAAAACCCGAAUUCACUCUCAAAUCAGCUAAACACACAUAACAAUAACAAAUAUUAAUGUUAAGUCUUGCAUUUAAAAUUUAUUAGUUAAUAAUAGUUGUAUAGACAAUUUUUAAAGAAACAAAGAAUAAGAUUCAGUCAAGAAAUUAUCACCAUAGUUGUAAGCCAAAAAUGGAUCAUCAGCAUUUGUUAUUAUCUUGCGAAAUGAUCAUCGAAACAAAAGUUUUUGUUUGUUAAAAAUCAAUUUUCUCAAAAAGAAUGUAGGAAGAAAAUUUCUGAACUUGAUUCAAUCCUAAUGGGCAGGUAUUUUGAGUCAUUUACACAAAUUUUAAGAUGAAAUUCUCUCAGUCUAUUUUAAUUAAUCGUACGUGAUAUUGUACUUUUUGUUUUUUUAUAAGAAAAAAAAAAUCAAAAAGAGGAAAGAAUAUUAAAAGAAAAUUCCAUUGGAUUGAUGCAAAAAGAUAAUAAAUAGAAAACUUAUUUACCUGAAAGAUGAAUGAAAUAACGAACUUUUAACAUUUGAAAACUUUUUGAUUUUUUUCAGUGAUGUAGUUAUUACCCUGCUAUGUUGAUAAUUUUCAAGAGCAGUUUCUGAGGCUAUAUGCGGCAGUAGCUUCACUUUGUCUUGUUGUAUAUGUUCUAUUGAGCAUAACUUCUAUGAAAACAUUACAAAUGUUUAAAAAUCCAAAUAAAAAUUUGUAAGGUUUUGAAAUUCAAAUCAUAUAAAGCCG